CCUGACUGACUUAACAGCAUCGUGUAUCCGCCACCAUGAAGCUUGUGUCUGUGCUUGUUGCUGGCAGCGUUGCCGUUGCUCAGCAGGUCUACAUCCCAGUCAAUGGACCAUCGUCACGGCCUCAAUGCGCUGCGAAUAGGAGCUAUGCGACAGCCACCCCGAUGUACUCAUUCCGCGAGUUCAGCUUCACGCAAACUGAGACAGUUCGAACGGCAACCUCUCGGCCAGCGCCGACGAUUACCACGACAUAUGCACCCCCCUACGCAUCAUUGAGUAGCCUCGUACCCAGUCUGACAACGACGCAAUGGGGCAAUUGGGACCCCUCUUCGAAUGCAACAGCUACAGACACCGGAGUGCCAUAUGGCAACGCUUCGUGGACAGCUCUCUGGACCACAGUGUCGUGGACUAACUUCACGCGCGGCAUCUACUCGACUACAGUAGAACCUACAACAAUUCCUACUAGCGAGCUCAUCCUCCCUCCACCCGAAUAUCUCGCACCUCGAGAAUGCUACACCUUUCCAAAGGACUUCAUGAUGGGAGUUGCGGGCAGUGCGACCCAAAUUGAGGGCGCAAUUGCGGACGAAGGGCGAACUCCAGCGUACACCGACGUAUCUUACCUCGUUAAUCCCGGAUCUGCGCCAAAUCUGAUCACGAACGAGAAUUACUACCUGUACAAGCAAGACAUUGAACGGAUUGCUUCGAUGGGGAUCAAAUACUACCGAUUCUCAAUACCAUGGUCACGCAUCUUACCAUUUGUGCUGCCCGGAACGCCUGUCAACAAGCAAGGUCUGGACCACUAUGACGACCUCAUCAACUUCAUCUUGGAAAAGGGCAUGCUGCCAGCAAUUAUGCUACUUCAUACCGACUCUCCACUUCAGUUCUACUUGAACAUCUCGGACACUCUUCUCACUCCCAAUACCGGUGGCAUUGGCUAUGUGGAUGCGGGCUUCCAGAAUUCCUACGAAAAUGUAUCGUAUGAAGACGCCUUCGUCAAUUAUGCCAAGAUCGUCAUGACGCACUUUGCCGAUCGGGUUCCAAUCUUCUGGACCUUCAAUGAGCCAUUCAUCGGCGCGAAGAACGGCAAAUCCAUCAACACGAUCAUCAAGGCCCAUGCUCGUCUCUACCACUUCUACCAUGAGGAGAUCAAGGGUACAGGAAAGGUCUCAAUCACAUUCAAUAACAACUUCGGAGUUCCUCGCGACCCUGGAGUUCCAGCUGACGUCGACGCUGCCAAUCACUUCAACUCGCUCCAGCUCGCCACAUUCGCAAACCCUAUCUUCUUGGGUAUCGAUUAUCCAGAUUCUUACAAGAUGACGGUUGCCGACUACGUGCCUCUGACUGCCUCAGAUCUCGCCUACAUCAACGGAACCGCAGACUUCUUCUCCAUUCAACCAUACACUGCUACAGUCGUCAGCCCACCACCGAACAGUUCGAUUGCCGAGUGCGCUGCGAACAUCACACACCCACUGCGUCCCUACUGCGUCACCCAAAGUACAACAGUACACGACACUCAGUGGAACAUCGGCUACCGCAGCCAGACAUACGUGUACACUACGCCUACAUACUUCCGCUCAUAUCUCAACUACUUGUGGAACACGUUCAAAGCUCCUAUUGCUGUUACCGAGUUUGGUACACCAUUGUUCGGUGAGGCAGAGAAGGAGUUGAAGGACCAAUUGUUCGAUAGCCCGAGGAGUCAGUACUAUCAGUAUUACUUGAACGAGGGGUUGAAAGCGAUCUGGGAAGAUGGUGUGCAGUUUAUUGGAGCGUUUGCUUGGAGCUUUGCAGAUAACUGGGAAUUUGGUGACUUCAAUCAACAUUUUGGUAUUCAGACUGUGAAUCGCACGACGCAGGUUAGAAACUACAAGAAGAGCUUCUUUGACUUUGUGGAUUUCAUCGAGAGUCGGAGACAGAAGGCGUAAGCGGGCGACGAGAUACUGAAUGUAUGACUCGGUAGUAGUAGUUGUCGGCCCAAG